UGAUUUGAUUCUUCCAUUGUUCGAAGGUUUCCUGUUUUCGGUGUUCGGCGUUGGUUCUUCUCCAUUGGCUUCCUUUCGUUUUCCUUUGUCCAUUUUUUCGUCUCUGUCGUCCUCCGCUCCCUGCCUCCCUCUCCCCUCUCUCUCUAUUCUAGAAAAGAGAGGAGAGAGAAAGAAAGCGAUGCUUUGUGUUCGUCGUCUUAGGGGGAGGAUCAUGGAUUGAUUCAUUCAUUUGUUCAUUGAGGUUUUGAGAUACGAUUAAACAAGUAUUAUCGAUUUUCCGUUUUUCUUAGAAGUCAAACAAUGAGAACCGCAAAGACUCGGCCUCCUAUUGUUUAAUCUUUCUUGGAUAAUAGCCAUCGUUUGAAUUUCCCCUUUCUCUGAAAUCGCCGUGACUUGGAUUAAGUUUUGACGCGGAAUCCAUCUUUGUUUUCGUCUCUAUUUAACUGGUUUUCCUUCUGAUCGGGGUUUGAGAGCUCUUACACACAAUAAGGGAAUCUGAUUAUUAUGAAUUCGAACACCGCGUCUAGCUCCGGAGGCUCGGGAUCGAACGAUUCGUCAUCAAGUAAAAGGAAUUCAAAGCGACCUAAAUAUUCGAGGUUUACCCAGCAGGAGCUUCCAGCGUGUAAACCCAUCCUCACACCAAGAUGGGUGAUUUCAGUAUUCAUGUUAGUUAGCAUUAUCUUUGUUCCCAUUGGAGUUGCUUCCUUGUUUGCUUCCAGAGAUGUUGUUGAAAUAAUUGAUCGUUAUGAAACUGAGUGUGUACCAGAAAGAUUUAGAAACGACAAAGUUGGGUUCAUACAGAGCACUGCAAUUAAAAUCUGCCGCAGAAAUAUAACUGUUCCGAAACGUAUGAAGCAACCAAUAUAUGUCUAUUACCAGCUCGACAAUUUCUAUCAGAAUCACCGCAGAUAUGUGCAGAGCCGUAGUGAUAAGCAAUUGAGAGAUGCUGGAAGUGAGAAUGAUCUAGGCUCUUGCAAGCCCGAAGACAAAGUGAAUGGGAAGCCAAUCGUUCCCUGUGGUUUGAUAGCGUGGAGUCUGUUUAAUGAUACUUAUAACUUCACCCGUAACAAGAAGCAAGUCGCUGUGAACAAGAUCGGUAUCUCAUGGAAGAGUGACCGGGAACACAAAUUUGGCAAGAAUGUAUUUCCCAAGAACUUUCAGAAUGGUACUCUGAAAGGAGGGAAAACCCUCAAUGAAUCCAUACCAUUGAGUCAGCAGGAGGACCUUAUUGUGUGGAUGCGAACUGCUGCACUUCCCACAUUUAGAAAGUUGUAUGGAAAGAUAGAAGUGGAUCUUGAGAAAGAUGAUGUAAUAGAUGUGGUUUUGGAGAACAAUUACAACACAUACAGUUUUAACGGCAAGAAAAAGCUUGUGCUCUCUACAACUAGCUGGCUUGGUGGGAAGAAUGACUUUCUUGGCAUUGCUUAUCUUACUGUCGGUGGGUUAUGCUUCUUUUUGGCAAUGGCUUUCACAAUCGUCUAUCUUGUUAAGCCAAGGCGACUUGGGGACCCAUCAUAUCUGUCAUGGAAUAGAAACCCGAGCGGGCACUGAAGCAGGAGCUGCUAGAACACGGUUUGUUGUAAUUUUAUUUGUAAUUUUAUUUUGAUGUGAGCAUAUAAGAAACAAGGGCAGGGCAGUGUGUAUGACAGAUUGUUGUAAUGGAACUUCUACUUUCCUUUUUAUAUGAAGAUGUGGCUCUGACGAUAGUGUAACUUC